AUGGACAGCGAGUCGUUCUACAUUGUCCAGCUGUUCAGCCAAGGCUCGUACCGCAACGCCAUCGCUGCCUACAACGAACACCCGUCGCCCUCGCCCCUCCUCACCCUAUACGCCGCGCGCGCCCACCUCGCCCUCACCCCUCCCUCCCCCUCGUCCGCGACCCAGCUCCUCUCGCGCGUGCCGCAGACGCUCGACGCUCGCGCAGUAGGCGCUCUCGCGCGCUACCUCGCCGGCGAGACCGAGGACGCGGUCGGUGAGCUCGAGGAGCUGCUCGCCGAGCUGGGCGAGCAAGGGCUCGAGGAGGGCGACGACAACGAGGGCCGGUUCGUCAGGGGGGUCGUCGGGACCGUGUGGGUGCUCGAGGGCGAGGACAGGCGCGAGGAGGGCAUCGAGGUGCUGCGCGAGGCGGUCGAGCUCGGCAAAGACCAGGAAUGCCUCGCCAUCCUGUCGCACCUGUACAUCUCGCUGCACCUCGCCCACCUCUCGACCUCGCUCCUCACUUCGCCCUCGACCACGUCCUUCACGUCCGACUCGCUCCUGUCGCAGCUCCUCAUCGCGCGCUCCAACCUCGCGACGGGCCCGUCGAGCAAGUACCAGGACGCGUACUACGUCUUCGAGGAGAUCAAGGGCAUGCAAGGCGGGCGCGGCGAGGGCGUCCUCGGCGGCGUCAGCGUCGCGCAGGCGUUGCUCGGGCGAUGGGAGGAGGCGCGCGACGCGACCAACGAGGCCCUUGAGAUGAACCCGACGCACCCGACGUCGCUCGCCAACUCUGCGGCGCUGGCGCUGCACACGGGCAAGGCCGACGCGGCCGCCCAGGAGAUCCUCGCGCAACUUGAGGCCGCCGACGCAUCGCACCCUCUCCUCGCCGACCUUUCGGCCAAGUCGUCGCUGUUUGACGAUGCGGCGUCGCGGUUUGCGCCGAGCGUCGCUGCAUGAGCGCGAGCGUCGACGAGCGGACCAGGACGAGGUCGACAAGGAGGAGAUACCCGCUGUCGAGGAGGGGGAGGGAGGGAGGUUGUAACUCGCGCUGUGCCUUUCGAGCUGUCUC